CUCAGCACCCAACACACACACACACACACACACGCGAGAUUUUUUUUAAAUAUUCUGAAAAUAGCAACAAUUCAAAAAUCCUUUAUAAAUAUAAAUAAAAACCUAUCUUUUUUUCCAAAUAGUUCAAGAAAGACCACUACAAAUGAGCAAUAUUUUGCACUGUUAUACAAUUUAAUAAAUCAGAAACUGAUGACAUAGUGCUGUAUUUUACUUAUUUAUCUCUUUUUUUCUCAACCAAAAAUGCUUUGCUCUGAUUAGGGGGUCCUUGAAUUAAUACAAUUUUCACAGGGGGUACAUCACUGAAAAAAGGUUGAGAACCACUGUUCUGAAGUAUCCGAGACCGGCUCGACCAGUUCAGGAUGAGGGAAAAAACACAAAAAACAGUUGAACACCGCGCUGAAAUUCACUCUCCACCGAGGAACAUUCUAUCAGAUCCUCAACCCGUCUUGCAAGGAAUGUUGGAAGAUCCUGACGUGAUCACCUUUUCACAAUUGCAGUUUGCCGGCAGAGAGAGUCUUCACCCGGCCAUUCAAACCCACGACAGGACCGUCUCCCCCUCCGCAGCACCCGAGGACAAAGCUUUCCUCCCGCCAAAGAGCCCAGACGCUGAAUCCUUGCUCCGAGAAUCGGCUCCAGACCGGGACCUCAUAUCCCAACCCGAGACCGAAAACGAUGCAGAAUCUCGGCAUACAUGUCAUACAUGCACCCGCUGCUACAUCAGGGACGAACACGGUGCCAUUGAGCAGCAGAGCUGGAACUGUAGGGGGGAGCAGGAGGAGCCACAGCCCCCGCACUUUAAAGAGGAGGAAGAAGAGCGCAGCAUCAGUCAGGAGGGAGAGAAGCCUGAAUGGUUGGAGGAGUUCCCAGUGAUUCGUGUCAUUGUGAAGGGUGAAGAUGAUCAGGUCAAAGGUGAAAGUGAGGAGAAGAGAGAGGCGGAGCCUCCAAGCAGCAGCUCUACACAACACAUGACAACAGAAGCUGAUGGAGACCACUGUGGAGGAUCACUCUUAGCUCCACUAUCAGAUACUGAGGACACGACGUCACACUUUCCUGACACUGACGAUGAAGACUCUAAAGAUAACGACAACAAACACUGGAAAUGCUUUCGGUGCGACAAAACCUUCGGGUUCAAGAAAACUCUGAUGGCACACGUGAACUCUCACGGCAACAGAAACUGGAAAUGCUUUCAGUGUGGCAGAGCUUUUACCUCUAAGUCAGCUUUGGAAGAGCACAUGGGAGAGAAACCGUACAUCUGCUCAGUGUGUCGUCAGGCGUUCACUCAGAAGGACACUUUAAAAGCACACAUGAGUACGCACAGUGAGGAGAAGCCCUUCGUUUGCUCAUUUUGCGAUAAAAGAUUCUCCCGUAAGGGAGAGAUGACAAGACACAGUAGAACACACACCGGAGAGAAGCCUUUCUGCUGUUCAGUCUGCGGCGUCGGUUUCAGACGAAGUCAACAUCUGAAAAUACACAUGCGGAUUCACACUGGGGAUAAACCUUUUAUCUGUUCCAUCUGCAACAAAAGCUUUUAUGAACGAGCAAACCUUGUACGGCACACAAGAAUACACACAGGAGAGAAACCUAUUUCCUGUUUAGUCUGCGGCAAAGGCUUUAACGCGAAUCAAAAUUUGAAAAUACACAUGAAAACACACACCGGAGAAAAACCUUUUACGUGCUCCAACUGCAACAAAAGCUUUAGUGAACGGACGAACCUCCUAAGACACAUGAGGACACUUACUUGUAAGAAGGUUUUGAGUUGCACCGCGUGCGAUGAAAGAUUCGCUUACAAGUACCAGCUGAAGAAACACACGUGCGCUGGUGAGAACAGCAGCAGCAAAUGAAGCUGCAGGAUUUAUUUCGUCACUCGAUUGACAUUCACAGCACCCGAGGGUCCUGUGAGAUGACGCCGGCUGCUGUCAGCUCAUUAUUAAGAAAAAAUGACCGACAGGAAGGCGAGAAACACUUUUUACAAACCCCGUUUCCAUUUGAGUUGGGAAAUUGUGUUAGAUGUAAAUAUAAACGGAACACAAUGAUUUGCAAAUCCUUUUCAACCCAUAUUCAGUUGAAUAUGCUACAAAGACAACAUAUUUGAUGUUUAAACUGAUAAACUUUUUUUUGUGUGCAAAUAAUCAUUAACUUUAGAAUCUGAUGCCAGCAACACGUGACAAAGAAGUUGGGAAAGGUGGCAAUAAAUACUGAUAAAUUUGAGGAAUGCUCAUUAAAACACUUAUUUGGAACAUCCCACAGGUGGACAGGCAAAUUGGGAACAGGUGGGUGCCAUGAUUGGGUAUAAAAGUAGAUUCCAUGAAAUGCUCAGUCAUUCACAAACAAGGAUGGGGCGAGGGUCACCACUUUGUCAACAAAUGCGUGAGCAAAUAGUUGAACAGCAGGGGCGUCACUAGCUUUCAAGGACAGGGGGGGCUUAGCCCCCAGGAGAUGCACAGGAUGCGAGCGAACGUAGCGCACGAGCACAAAACUUCACAAACGGCCAACAAAGACUUAGAAAUUAUUCAUUGUUAUUAUUAUUAUUUCAGUGGUAUUAUUUCCAAUCUGUGUUCAGUACAACAACAAACAUGGGUUAGCACAGUGACAUUUUGUUUACAGCAUCAACAAGAAACAAUGACUUGCAUGAUCCUUCAAGAUACGCUGAAACACAAUGAAAGUGGUGGCAUUAGCCUCUAUGUUAUUCAUUCACAACAUAAACGCUAAUGCCACCACUUUCGCUCACAAUACAAUAAUUGUUUGUUCCCAAAUAUUUUGAAGUUUCACAGAUUACAUUUUGGGCACAUAUGUGACUAAAAUGGUUUUAAAUUCAAGCCCUGGAAAUAUUGCUUAAUUACUUGAAUUAAAGUAAUAUCUGGAUCGGGAUAAUUUGGCUUGUAUAUAACAUAUAUCUAUAUAUAUCUAUAUAUAUAUAGAUAUAUAUAUAGAUAUAUAUAUAUACACACUACCGUUCAAAAGUUUGGGGUCACCCAAACAAUUUUGUGGAAUAGCCUUCAUUUCUAAGAACAAGAAUGGACUGUCGAGUUUCAGAUGAAAGUUCUCUUUUUCUGGCCAUUUUGAGCGUUUAAUUGACCCCACAAAUGUGAUGCUCCAGAAACUCAAUCUGCUCAAAGGAAGGUCAGUUUUGUAGCUUCUGUAACGAGCUAAACUGUUUUCAGAUGUGUGAACAUGAUUGCACAAGGGUUUUCUAAUCAUCAAUUAGCCUUCUGAGCCAAUGAGCAAACACAUUGUACCAUUAGAACACUGGAGUGAUAGUUGCUGGAAAUGGGCCUCUAUACACCUAUGUAGAUAUUGCACCAAAAACCAGACAUUUGCAGCUAGAAUAGUCAUUUACCACAUUAGCAAUGUAUAGAGUUUAUUUCUUUAAAGUUAAGACUAGUUUAAAGUUAUCUUCAAUGAAAAGUACAGUGCUUUUCCUUCAAAAAUAAGGACAUUUCAAUGUGACCCCAAACUUUUGAACGGUAGUGUGUAUAUAUAUAUAUAUUAUGGCAAGCCGUUAAGGAAAUUAAAUAUAUAUGGAAGUCUGAAUAGAAAUUAGAAAGGUUUAUAUAUACUGUAAAUAAGAAAGACUUAAGAGUCCGUCUUCUGAUCUGAAAAAGAGCCAAAGCUGUCAAAGAGCUGAGGGACCAUCUUCAAAGUGCAAUGCUGAAACAAAUAAUGCAAACAAUAAAAUGUAACUUCCAGGUUUUGAGAUUAACAUAGUCCCGUCGUCCCGGGGACGGUAAAAAAAAUGCACGGGACGAAAUUAAAUGCUCCCCGGGACGAUGGCUUUUAACCAUUUUUUUUCUUUUUCUUUUUAUGUAUUUAUUCAAUUUGCAUUUUAUAUUGAAUGUCUUGGUUUUUCCUCCCUCUGAAAAUCCUAUGAAAUGUUUAACAAGCCAUCUUAUAAUAAUACAACAGCUAUUAAUGAAACAAUACAAUAAAACAAAUAUAUUUAAUUGUGUUUUUUUCAUUAUUUUAACAAUAGGCUAAUGUAUAUUACUUUAUACAGAUUCUACAAGAAACACAAAACUUAAAAACUAAAUUAUUUACAAUUGCAGACACAAGGU